CAAGCCCUGUGUGAAUACUCCAACUGCCUACUUCUCUUACCUGCCAGCAACACUGCAAUGAGACGAGAUGUCCAGGAGGGCCAGGCUCGGUGCUUGUCUCACCUAGGAAGGCACAAGGAGGCUCUGGAUAUUGCAGAAAAAAUGAGAAGCAGUGCUACUAACACAGAUCACUUAACGACAGUUCUCAACCUACAGUUCGCCAUUUACAAGGGUCUGGGAAACACAGAAAAAAAGAUGAUGUGUCUGCAGCAACUGAUCUGCUUACAUCCUUUCAACCCUUGGUACUGGAAGUUACUUGCUGAAGCUUAUAUGAGCCUUUUACAGAGUUUGUCUACAUUAGUCAUUCCAGAAACAAAUCUAAAUCAGGCUGAAGAGGUUUGUGUAAACCAUAAUAGUUUCAAAACAUCAGCUGGAAGAGAGAUUAGUUUGGAGUCUCACACAUCAGACAGCCAUAAAGAAGGCUCCUGGUCCAGCCUUGCCACAGAAACAAGAGAGAGUGCAGGGACUCGUGGCAGCAGCCAAGCUGUAAAAGAAUUCCUCUGCACUUCAGAAGAACCGGGAAGGACGGACAAAGGAAAACGCUCAGCCUCGGAGUCCCAGGAGCAGAACGUGUUGAAGAAAGCUGGGAUAAAGGCAGGUGCCUCCUUUGUUAGAGCAAGGCUUUUACUUCAGCUUACUCAGUUGCAACAGUCCUCUUUUGCACUAGAGAAUAACAUAAAAGGACAAAAAGAGAUUGAUGACAAAGUGGCAUGUCUUGGUUUCAGUGAAAACUCCUUGCUGUUGAUGACCAAGAUUAUGGGGCAGGAUCUUAUACCAGAAAAACUAAAAGAGGAGUUUCAGGGUGAAGUAAAAUGCAUAGGCCCUUCAGCACUGUCAUCACUGGUAACUGCAUCAGCCACAGAGUUUGAAGUCAGAUGGUUUGGUAAUCUCCAAGAUGACUUAAGUCGCUUUGAUAGACAAUCCUAUUCAGAUAUGUCUCUCCCACCUUCAGUAACUUAA